AUGAAGCGUAUAGCAUUACUAACCGACGAACUCAACGUCAACGAUGUCAUACCAGAGGAUGAAAAUGUCGCAAUCGAACCGCCGCAAGAACAAAACAAGACAAAGAUCGGAAAUACUGCGGAUAAUAAUAAAGGCAAACACGAUAACCUAGAAUAUGAAACAAGCAGAGAUACGACUUUAUCCUCGGCAGAUGAAUUUGACGAAAGUACAGAAAGCCUAUCGUCACUUAUGCAAACAGUGCCCACAACAAAUAGCAAUAGGAGCUCAUUUGGAAGCACUGUCAACUCAUUUAUAGGAUUCUGCAACGUCACACGGGACAUAUUUAAAUACAGGUUCACAGGAGGCUCAGAGAGUGUAGAUGCAAGCUCAAGUAAUUUCGAAUUGUCGCAGUCACAGUUCACAUUAAAUGGAAUCAAUACAGCGACACAAAAACAUAAAACAAGACAUAGAAAGGAUCGUGGAAAUCUAUCAAAAGCAAUGUCCGAUAUUGCUGAAGAUGACCCACAAAGUAGUUAUGAACUUGAACCGAGUGCCACGGACACACAACUUACAAAAAAUAAAGGAAAACGUACGUGGAAUCUACUAAGAGAACGUUCGAUGCCCACAUCACCUGCAAAACAAAAGAUAAGAAUUUCACUCAAGAACCUUCUGACAAGGGGACCAACAAAAAUACAACACCAAACUGGUGCUGAUGAUUCGAAAAAACAUAGGGGGAUACUAAAAAGAUCAUACGAACCAACGGCAGUAUGCUAUGCUAUAUCAACGGAUAAAACUGCAUUCUGCAAAAGGCUAGGGCCAAAUAGACAAAAUACCUUCAAUCUAGCAAGACCAUCCAGGAUAAGGUUUACAUCAAAACAUAGAGACGAGUCGAUGGAACAGAGGUUCGCUCUAAACAGGGCUUCACACAGUGGAGAGUCAAAGGAACAUGGACAACAAUAUACAACCGGCUCUGAACGCAUGGGAACAGCUGCCAGGUACUUUGGUAGGAUGAUGCUAGCAACCAAAAGGCUAUCGUCUAUAUGGAAGAGAAAUAAACAUGAAGAUGAUGCCUCCGCGAACCUCUUUACGGUAACUGUUGUCAACAGAGGAAGCGCUAAUGUCUUCAUACUAAAGUAUCAGAGCCACUGCAAAAAUUAUAUGGAUAUAACACCAGAUUUUGGGUGGAGAAGGAUAGUACAAGAGUAUGGGACACAAGGAGCAAGCGGCGCAAGAAAUCGCGGACAGCCAGGAGGAGUAUGGGACGAAACAAUGGCGCAGAAGUCGUACAUGUAUUAUAGAGAGUCGAAAAAAACGACACAUAUAGUCGGGUUGGCAGAGUUGGCCAUUAAUAUCUCUUGUAGAGCUCUCAUACUAGGAGUCGCACAUGGAAUCAUAGAUGCAGAUGCUGUACCACCCUUCAUCAACGAUAUUGUUGUAAAACAAUAUGGAGAGGAAUACGCCCCAGAGAUCAGUAGAUCACAAUCGUUUGGAACAACGGAAGGGCAGGGUGAACAUGUAAAACAAACAAUGUACUUCAAGGCGAGUUUCGUUGGGCUGUUUGUAACAUCCUCCAUACAAUCGAUUCUGGGAAGCGAAGAAUACAAAAAAAGGAUGGGAGAAAGCAAACGAGCUUUUAGACGUGAUAUGGUACCAAAUGAGCAAAGUGUUGAAAAACAAACCGUGGAAACAAACGUGUGUCCGUAUAUACCAAUACCAGAUUACGGAUGGAAACUGCUAGAAAGGUCUCAUUUCGACCGUAUGUUUAGUGACAAUUCGGCAAAGUGCUAUGAUAAAGGAGCCCUAGUUGCAAAAUUACAACGUAUAUUUGGCAAGAAUAAUAUUGGUGGGCUCACAGCUACCACAGUAUACUCCAACGCCGUACUCUGCAAAGUUCAACCGCCACGUGUCAAAGAACGAAAGGCUUUUGUAUACGCAGAUGUAGGAUCUGUUGGAAUGAAUAUUGCGGAACAGCUUUACAGGCUAGAAAGCAAACAAGCGAGGCGCGAAAAAUUACCCAAGGGUACGUUCGGGUUCAAGGUGCGUGGACAAAAUGUCGCUAUUUCGCCGUGUGGUGCACAAUUUCAACUUGUACCAGAAGAGCUCAUACUAAAUGCAGCGACAUUGGUCCACGAAAUGUAUAUCACCCAAACGUGCCUCAUCUUGAAGGUGCGGUUCGAAGAGAUCCUUGAGGACCUCAAGGGGCUCGGGGUGGAUGUGCGCGAACAAACAUUGAAGAAUCCGACACCAGAAGAGGCAUUAGGACUAUAUGGCUUAGCAAUACAAGUUAUAUUUGGAAAAACACGUGUAGACAUACGACCAGAAGAUGUAUACUCACAGAUACACGUGUAUGACUCCGGUGUUGAGGGACUCAAAAUUACAACCGAUAAUUUAGAAUUCCUCAAAAGAGGUAUAGGCAACCUGAGAUUCUGGAGGUACUGCCAAAAACUGCAUGAAACAUUAGGACUGCCGGACAUAGAACGCUAUGAAAUAUUUAAUCCGACCCCUGAGUCGUUCCAUCGAUUCAUUUCAGCAUUUGUAGUAUAUCUGAGGUUCAGAGAAGCCCUAAAGAGCCUAUUCGAGGAUGCUGUAGCACGAUUAAACUUCUGCGCAGAACAGGAAACACAACUUGAUGACAACAUACUGCAUGUCCAAAAGGAAUUGCAGAACUUCACACGAAUCAAAGAGGAAAAUGCAUUAGAUAUCGAUGCAAGUGUCACUGAUAAACAGAGAUUGGAACAAUUGCUAUUACAUGCAAAAAAUGUUUUCAACGAACACAAGGAAGAAAAGGCCAAAGUUGACGCAGAAGUAGAACGAAUCAAAUUGGCAACGAAUGACGUGCAACUGAAGAGAACCAAAGCAAGGCACCUAAACGAGAGUUUAAAUGAACAGGUGGUAUCGGAGCCUGAGGCUCUUUCAAACCAAAAGGACGAACUACAGAAACAAGAUGCAGUCCAGACGGUUACACUGAGAACCAUGGAGGAAAAAUAUGAACAACUCAAAAAAAGAAACAAGAUCAUGGAAGAGUGUAACUGUUUCAUCACAGAUGUCAAAGCAAGAUUCAUACAGCAUAUGGAUGAAGUGCUUAAACCGAUGGUCGAAAAUGUCAACGCAGCCAAAACACUCAAAACACGCAACGAGACCCUGCGCGAACAGAUAGCACAUCAAAAACACAAGCUCGAUGAAGCUAUUAGUAAUCUAAAUAGUGCGCGGCAAAGCUACGAAGACAAGGUUCGCAGUGCCCAGGAAUGCGCAGACUACAAAAUAAAACAGGCACGCAAAUACGCAGAUGACAUGCAAAAUCAUGCGCAACAGAUACACCAAGUCAUCUCGCAGAAAAAUAAAGAAGCAGAAUCAGUGGCACAUGAACUUGCUAAACGAGAGAAAAACGUCCUAGAGACAUUUAAGGUUAUCGAAGGGUAUCUGCAGAAGAUUACUGAUGCGUCGGAGGCAUAUCAACAGAGCAUUGGAUCGAUUGUGGAACGCAUGUAUAAUCUCACAGCGGAACAGGACUAA